CAAAAUGCCAGUGAUAACAUGUAGAGAUGAAACAGAUGGAGGAGAGACGCCUCGAAAACGUACACGUUUCUUGAGUAGUGUUACCACAAGAUCACAGACUAAGACAAAGCCAACACGAUCUACAUUGAAGACUAAAAGGAGUCUGAAAAUGAAACUGAAAACAAAAUUGAAAUCAAAGAAAGCUGCUAAAGAAAAGGCAGCAAAAGCAAAGAUAAAAGAAGAACAGGGCAGGCCAUCAGAUAAACCAAAAGGUAGAAUACUGAACUUAGACCAAAUAAGAAAGCUGUCUGAUACUACUCUUCUGAAAAAGUUUGCAGAACAUAGAAUUGAUAAAGUAAACAAAAAGUCUGAUAAAAUACCAGCUGAGCACAUGUAUAUCUGCAAGUUGUUGCCUGAUAAUUGCUGUAAAGUUGUGAAAGGAGUUGAUAGAAUUGCCAAACAUGAUAUGAAAAGACAUUUACUAGCCCAUAUUGGAGAGUUACUUACACUGAGUGCUACAGAACCUGCCAACGCAAAUAAAUUGGAAUUUACAAGUAUUGAGGAUGGCUCAGGCAUGGUUAGAGAAGGAGAGAGUACACUGAAAGGACAAAACCCUGACCCACCCAUCCAACCAGACUCAAAUACUUCAAGCAGUGAAGAUUAUGAAGACAGAACUUUUGAGCCAAAUCCAGAUGCUUCUACAUAUUUGGUACCUGUGUUACAAAAACCAGUAACUAUAGAACUACCAAAGUCAGCUGAUAUGCAAAGAUCUAGUUUUACUGUGAUAAAAUCGUCAGAAGGAUUAAAUGAAGUUGUUUUAUUGCCAAAGGGACAGUUCAUUAACCUGACUACCAUGGCAGAUAGUUCUGACAAUAGCAAUCCCCUUGCUAAAGGUAUUCUUUUAGCAGAUAAAGUGCCUAAUAUCAAGAAGGACACAGUUGCAGGUUCACUACAAAGACAGAGAUAUGUUCCAAACAUUCUCAGAAGAAGCAGGAGGUCAAGUCAGAGUAGUCCUUCUAAAAAGUCAACAUCUGGCAUUGAAAGUAGAUUGACCUUGUCUGAAUUUGCCCAGAUAGUAACCGAGGAAGCAGGUUACAGCGAUGAAAUUGCCUCAGCUGCAUACCAUGAUGAUCACAAUUAUACAAUAGUACAAAAGAAACCACAAGUACCGGAACUUAUGAACACUGAUGCUGAAGGAAAACCAGUCAGACCUGAAACAUCAAGUCAGUACAUUGAAAUGGAUAGCCCUCCAAAUUACUAUGAAGGUGGUCUUGCAGCUGAUGGUAACGCUAAACUGAAUCCAGAACAACAGCAGCAACAACAACAGAUGCAGAUGAAUAGCUUGUCAAGGGCUAAACCCACCAGAAUUAAAAUGUCUGAAGUGAUGAGAAAUGCUAAAACAGAGGUUGAAAAAUCAGAUGAAGAUGCACAAAGUAAACAAGUUAGGUUGAAAGCUUUGGAAAUAUUGAAGAGUAUGAGAAAAAGAAGAGCUAGGCUAGAUGAUGGCAAUGGUAAAGGUCAAUUUGAGUGUGAAAUUUGUGGUAAAUUAUAUACUGCUGGGGCCACUCUCACAGCACAUUACAGAAGUCACGCAGGCAUCAAGCCGUUCCAGUGUCAAAUUUGCAAGGCUUCGUUUACACGCCUACACAGUCUCAACUAUCACAUGAUGAUACAUAACAGCCAAAGUCGAUUCACAUGUGAAUUCUGCAGUCGUAAGUUCCGACAUCCCAGUCAUUUUAAAGAACAUUUGAGACGUCAUACUGGAGAGGCACCUUUUGCUUGUUGUGAUUGCCCAAGAAGAUUCAAAACCAGAAAUACUUACAAACGUCACCUGAGAUCCAAGCAUGGGAAAGUACUGACAGCCAAAGGAAUCACAACGAUGGAAGGUGUACCUGUAGCAAUGCCUGUAACAGUUCCUGCUCUUCCUAUUGUUACCAGUAUCAAAAGUGAAGUAGUUGUUUAUGAUGAAGAAGAGGAGGAAGAAGAUAAUGAUGAUGAAGAGAAAGAACAGGGAGAUGAGUUUGUGGAGCUUGAAGUUGUUGGUGAGGAUAAUGAGCAAGGAGAAAGAGAUGAAGGCCAUGUGAUUGAAACAAUGGGAAGUCAUUUGCAGAAAAUAGAAGAGCACAAUGAAGAGAUAGCAGAGAGUGUGUGCACUUAAUUAAAAGAAUAUCUA